AAACAUAAACAAGAGGGAAAUGAAACACGUGACCGGCCCGCUCCGUGACGCGCUCUGAUGACGUCACGGACAACUUUGUCACUGGAACUUUGGGAUGCUCGCUCUGCACUUGUUUUUUUCUUCACGUUUUGAAAAAUGAUUGGCUUUUCACGCCUCUCGGCCCGCUUCCGCCUCUCGCCGCACGCUCACCUCUGGGCAGGCCUGUCAACAGGAGCCCGAGAAGAAGGAGGAGCCUUGUACGAGUUCCGCACCUAUCAAAUCCGUCCGGACCGAAGCUCCGCCUUCCUGGAGCUAACCAAUGAGAAGAUUCACCUCAGGACCGCCCACUCAGAGCUCAUUGGCUACUGGAGCGUCGAGUACGGCGCCCUGAAUCAGGUCUUCCAUAUUUGGAAGUACGACUCCUUCGGCCAUCGUGCAGCGGUGCGCGCGGCGCUCGCUCAGGACGAGCGUUGGAUCGCCGAGUAUAUCAGGCUGGCCCUUCCCAUGCUAACGUGUCAAAGCAAUCACGUCGCCGCCCUGCUGCCCUGGAGCCGCAUCGGCGCCCCGCCGCGCCACGGAGGCGCGUUUGAAUGGGCCUCCUUCAGGACGCUCCCGGGCGCCGCCGCGCUGUGGGCCGCUCCUCGCGGGGAUUCCGCCACCUGUGGCGACGCCCGCUUGCUCGCCGCUUUCCGCAGCGACAUCGGCCACCUGGACACAGUUUACACCCUGCGCUGGUUCGAGAGCGCCGACGAGCGGCGACGUUUGGAAAGCCACGCGGCAGUGGCGCCCGGACUGGGCCUGCUGCGAUCCCGGAAGACCAAAGUCAUGUUCCCGUGUUCCUUCUCACCGCUCAAGUGACGGAAAGCGGAGCCGUCGGCUUUCUUCAAACUGUGUCGCCGCCGAGACACCGAAACCUGCGUUUGGCUUCCAAAUAAACGUGGCUAACAA